AGGAGCCAGACUGAGCCUUAUAAAGGGACCAGUCUUUGUCCAGAUGCACAGCACACUCACCUUCUCCUCAGUGACACCUCGUCAGCGCCGCUUCCUUGAAAUCCAAGAUGGGCCAUACUGUAGCUGAACAGGCCAUGAUGGACUUGAUCGACCAGUUUCACAGAUACACCAAACCUGAUGACAAGAUUAACAAGAAGGGCCUUCUGAGGAUGCUGAGGGAGAAUUAUCCUCACUUCCUCAACGCUUGUGAAAAUAGGGGCAUAGAUUUCUUGGGCGAUAUCUUUGAGAACAAGGACAAGAACAUGGAUAAGAAGAUCUCCUUUAUUGAGUUUCUGUCGGUGUUGGGAGUCCUAGCUGUGGACUACCAUGAUAAUAGCCACGGAGCCCCACUCUGUUCUGGUGGGGGAGGACAGUGAGUCCAGCCCAGCCUGAGGCCUCCAGAAACCAAAGGAAACAAUAAAGUGUCUCUUUUGCCCAGA